AUGAAAUUCUUCAUUGUGCUACUGCUCUGCUGCAGUUGUUUCUCGAGCAGAGCCAGCCCACUCCCCUCUGAGGAUGUAGACUGUGACCAUCCUGAAGUCUUUGAAGCUGUGAAUAUAGCCCUCAGAAAAUAUAAUGAUGACAAAACAGAUGGCAACCAGUUUGCUUUGUACAUGGUGAUGGAUGCCCAGCGAACAGCAGGUCCUGGCGCACAGUUCUUUGUGAAGUAUCGAAUAAGAGAGAGCACUUGUGCCAUUGGGGAAGGCAAAGCCUGGCAAGACUGUGAUUACAACACAGCUGUGGAAGCUGAAUCAGGAGAAUGUACAGCUGAAGUUUACAUUGACAAGACCCAGAAAACCAGUAAAGUUUCACAGGAAUGCAGAAUCAGGCCAGCUCAUGUGUGUGCUGGAUGCAAACAUCCCAUUGGGAGCGACAGCCCAGAUUUGCUACCCAUUCUGAAGCUUGCUGUUCAAAACUUCAACAAAAGAAGUGAGAGACACUUCCUUUAUGCUCUUGGUGAAAUAAUAAAAGCCACGAGUCAGGUGGUAGCCGGAAUAAACUAUGAAGUUGAAUAUAAGAUCAAAGAGACAAAUUGCUCAAAGCAUGAAUAUCAGGAUUUACAUGCAGAGUGCAAGCCCAUUUUUGGAGUCCUUGAAGGUCGCUGUGAAGCCAAGGCUUUUGUGGAUCUCAGCAACACAAUUGCAAGCAUCACAGAGAAAUGCAUGUUUCCAGACCCACCAGUCUGUGCAGGCUGUCCAGUUCCCAUCCCGGUUGACAGUCCAGAACUGGAGGAAGUACUCAAGGUUUCCAUGGAGAAAUACAAUUCAGAGAGCAAUUCUGAUUUCUACUUUAAAAUUAGAAGCGUAUUCCACGCCACAGUCCAGGUAGUUGCUGGAAAAAAAUAUACGAUAAGUUUUGAUAUUCAGGAGACAAACUGCUCCAAGUCAGAAGUGGAGAAACUGAAUGAAGACUGUGAAGCUGAAAUUGGCAGUAUACCGUUAGAUUGCAUAGCAAAUAUAUAUGUGGUGCCAUGGAAGCAGGAAAUCUCCGCUAAGGUUAACUGCAUUGAAUGGUUGCUUUCUUGGAGGAGACAUUGGAGGGAGAAGUCACAGAAACCCAGAUAAAACAUCAUCUCUUAAGCAAGUCCCAGCUGGAACGCAUUUCCAGAGCAGCAAAACUAUUUCUGCUAUGU